AUGAAGUUUUCCAUCUACAACUUCAACGGAUCUAAGAAGAAGAAAGCUGUGUGCUUCAACAUGAUGGCUCUCUCGAUUGCUGUUCUCGUGUUGGUUGGACAAGUUAACACUAUAGGAGCGGGGAAUGUUGGUCUGGGGAAUCACAUUUUGAAGGAAGGAAAGGUGAAUCUUGCUACAGGCUCAACUGUCGUUGCCACCAAUGAAGACAUUGAACAAUACAAGGCUAAGUUUCCUGAUGCUUGCAAUGUUGACUUUGAUAGCGAAGGAAAUAUUGUUCUUCACUACAAAAGUCAAGGUGCGACAAAGGACAAAGGCUGUACGGUGGAUCUUCUAACAAAUAUAAGGAAUAAGAUUCUUUUCACAGCCGGGUUGAUUGUGACAAAGGACAUUGGUACUUGCUUGACCUGGAAUUUUAAUGAGAACACAUUGCCUUUUGCCUACAGCUUGCUAAAUGAAGAAAUCAGACAAUUCCACAAUGGUCCGAUUUUCAGUAAGGAUGGCGGAUGUUGUGCAGGCACUUGUAUGAAACGAACGGGCCUUGAAGUUUCAUGGUGGCUAUAUGAAGAUAGGCAAAGAUUUGACAUCGUGCUAAAUGCAAAUCCAAUUGGUAUGGGACUAAUCAACCAAACCGGUCAAGCUAAAUCAACAGUGGAAAAGAAAAAAGAGUACCCGACAGUUGAGAUAUCGGAUCAACCUCCAAGAUAUCAGAUCAACUUUCCGGGGAUACCUAUUGCGACUACCAGAGGUUCUUGCAUUGAAAACAUCCUGCUCUCGCCUAUCACAUGGGAAAUCGACGGUAAAAGUCCAGAUCCAAAAAUGAAUCGCUUGUUGGUUUUUCAUCUUCUCCCUCAACGUGCAUCGCGAAUAAGAGAAUGGAUUGGUGAUAAAUAUAAAAUAAAAGGAAAUCCGCCGCAAGGACCCAAAUGUGAUGACCUAACUAUCAAAUUCUCGAAGAGCAACUACAAAUUGCUUAAUGUUCUUUCUUCUCCUGAUAUAACAAAGCCACCAACAAACGUUGAAACAAAACCUCCAGGUACCAGCAAUGAUCCAACAAACAAUAAUCAGAUCUCAACAACUUCAGCAAACAACGAAAAUAAUUCAACAACAUCGACGCCUGAGGAUAAGUUGGUAAACACGACAACUACCGGUCAAUUUACAGAAACGGGUGAAUUGGGAAGUUCAACAGCUCCCGCUUCAAAAGGCUCUUCUUCAUCUACGUCUGCAAGUACAAAAACUACACCAGUAAUAACAACGAUGACAACCACCACCAAAAGCUCCUCUUCGAUCGGCGUGAUAAUUGUUGCGAUUGGCGUUAUUUUGAUCAUUGUCAUUGGAGUUUCUGUCUACUUCUUUGUCAUAAGGAAGAAGCCUGACAAGACGGGAAAAGAUGUUGAGGGAGGUAAUGAGGCAAAAGGAGAUGGUGAAGAAGAGGGUGAUAAGAAGGAAGAUGGCAAAGAGAAAGAAGAAGAGAAGGAUGAGGGUGAUAAGUCUAAAGACGAAGAAGAAGACGGGGACAAAUCAAAUGAAGACGAUGAGGAAGGUGACAAGAAGAAAGUAAAGGGUUCGGAGUCAAAAACGGAAGGCGAAACCAAAGAAGAAGAACAGACGGGUGCAAAACCGGGUGAUGCUGAAGCGAAGGAAGAAGGCGAAACAAAUGAAGUCGAAAGUUUGUCGCCAGAAGAAAAGAAGAUUGAGGAUGAGAUAUAUAAAGUGUGA